AUGAGCUUCUGGGUGAAGAAUAAGGACGGUUCCACGAUUGUGGAUAAGCCUCCACGCAUCGUGCCACUAUUCAAUCCUGCUCAAAGGGAGUUCCUCGAAGAUGAGCACCGCUAUCGCAUACAAAUGGAGAAGCGCGCACAGGAGGGCAGCAAGUCCAUCGACUACUACAUCCGCAAGCGUUCGACGAUGGACGACGCGCGACUGUUGGAUGAACACGACUCCUUUUACAAGACUACGAAAAGUUUGCUGGUACUCUUUCAAAUCAUGGGCAUAAUGCCCAUCCAUCGCAAUCCGCCUGUCAACACUAUGCCACGUACCGGCUUCUCGUGGAGAUCACGCCAAAUGAUGUACGCCAUAUGCGUUUACUCGAUCGAGACAAUUAUUGUGGUGAUGGUGUUGCGUGCACGAGUCAAGCAUUUCAUCUCACAACCGGACAAGCACUUCGAUGAGGCCAUCUACAAUGUCAUAUUCAUCAGCCUGUUGUUUACGCAUUUCUUACUGCCGGUGGCAAGCUGGCGCCAUGGACAGCAGGUGGCCAUAUUUAAGAAUAUGUGGACGAAUUAUCAAUACAAGUUCUGGCGUGUCACCGGUUCGGCGAUUGAGUUUCCCAAUCUGUAUCGACUUACCUGGGCUCUGUGCAUAUUCUCAUGGACGCUGAGCAUUGCUGUAAAUAUGUCGCAAUACGUUUUGCAACCAGAUUUUGAGUUUUGGUAUACCCUCGCUUACUAUCCCAUCAUUGCGAUGUUGAACUGCUUUUGCAGCUUGUGGUACAUAAACUGCAAUGCAUUUGGCACGGCUAGCAAAGCUCUUGCAAAACACUUGGAGUUCACACUGAAGAGCCCGAAGCCUGCGGAGAAAUUGACUGAGUUUAGAUACCUCUGGGUAGACUUGAGUUACUUAAUGCAGCAAUUGGGUCGUGCUUAUUCCAAUAUGUAUGGCAUGUAUUGUUUGGUCGUUUUUUUCACAACCCUUACCGCUGCUUACGGUUCGAUAAGCGAGAUCAUGGAUCACGGUGCAACUUACAAGGAGAUCGGACUAUUCGUCAUUAUGUUCUACUGCAUGAGUCUGUUGUACAUCAUUUGCAAUGAGGCUCAUCAUGCCUCUCGCAAAGUGGGAUUGGAUUUUCAAACAAAAUUACUUAACGUGAACUUGACAGUUUUGGACUCGCCUACACAGAGGGAGGUGCAGAUGUUUUUAUUGGCCAUCUCAAAGACUCCGCCCAUUAUGAAUUUGGACGAUUAUGCAAAUAUUAAUCGUGAGCUCUUUUCCUCGAAUCUCACUUUUAUGGCUACUUAUUUGGUGGUGCUUUUGCAAUUCAAAAUUACCGAACAACGGGGCAUGCGAUCGCUUCAGACUAACCCAGAGCAAAUGAUGUGA